AUGGGGACUGGAAGCAGGGGGGGGGGGGGACGCCAAGGCUCGCUGGAGGGCCACUUAAAAGCUACAGAUUCCGCGAACUCCAUCCGACACAACUUAUCCCUGCACAGUCGUUUCAUCCGGGUCCAAAACGAAGGCACGGGGAAGAGCUCUUGGUGGAUGCUGAACCCAGAAGGAGGAAAGAUGGGGAAAGGUCCAAGAAGACGAGCCGCAUCUACGGACAAUAGCCCCCGCUACCUGAAAACAAAAGGUCGAAUCAGCCGGAAAAGAGCUGGCGCCUUGGGUCUGGGCAGGGUUCCAGUUCAUGGAGGAGGUGGACCUGCCAUGCAAGGGUCUCCGGAGCAUGGAAGCCCAGCUGGGAAAGGCGGAGUGGGGAUGAUCGGCGAGGAGUACGAUACCUGGACAGACAUUCAUUCCCGAACUUCCUCGUCUGCUUCCACUCUUAGCAGCUGCUUGUCCCCGAUUUUGGCCGAGGCAGAGGCCGACGAACCGGAGGAAGGCGGGCUGUCCUGUUCCGCAUCUCCAAGGUUGUACCCGAGCCCGACGAGCACGCGGUCCCCAGCUUUAGGCACCGGUGGUCAUUGCCCCAGCGUAGAACUCCCACAGCUGACAGACCUGACCGGGGCUAUCAGCUUGGAUGAAAGCAGCUACGCACAGUCGCAAAUGAAAUGCAACGGCUAUCCUUACGCACCUGGGCCCAAAACGGAAGGUUCCUACUGCGGGCCCAUGUACAAUCAGGGUUCCAUGGGGAUGCUACGGCUCCACGGCCCCAUGGAGACCAUCCAGGAGAACAAGCCAGUCAGUUUUCAGAGCCAGAUGAGGGGUUACUCGGAAAACAACGCGCUGCAGAGUCUUCUCACGAGCUCGCCGUAUUGCAAGGACGGUCUUCUAACAAACGGGGUUCACAGGCCACACAAUCAGAGUCGAAGUCACAAUCAAGAGGGAAACAGCGGUCUGCACAACGGCCACGACCAGAGCCACAAUCAGGGUCACAAGGCCAGCCUCGAGUACAACCACAAGCCACACCCUACCCACGAUUAUGUCCCCAGUCAUGAGCACGGUAAAGUCAUUUCAAACCACGACCACAACUCCCGGUCCAUGCACAAUCACGCGCCGCACAACCCUCUCAACGGACCGCCUCAUCCGCAGGCUCUCUCUCCGCGGGUCAGCUCUGACAUCUUGCAGCCGUACAUCCUGAAGGCCGCCAACCACUAUGCGCCAAGGCCCCACCACGCCACUUCGCCUCCCAAUCCGGCCGGAGUUCUGGACGUUCCACAGGACCCUUGUCGACUGGCAUCUGCCCCUCACCCAACACGCCACCAGACAUACCAUCAGGGACCGACCGACUCUUGGCAAAGUUACUACCACAACGGCCAUCAGCCAGGAAACAAUGGUUACCACGGGCAUGCGCACAAUCCCCACAGCCGAAUGGCGUCCAACCUGGAAAUGGAGAAUGCUCCCAAUGGCCUGGACUGUGACGUGGACUCCAUUUUGCUCAGUGACUUUAUGGACGGUGAAAAUGUAGACUUUAACUUUGACGGAUCACUGUCCCAAGGCGUAGGCAUGGGGAUGGGCAUGAGUUUGGGAGCGUUCGCAUGCCCUCCGCCCAUGCACAGUAACCAGAGCUGGGUCCCUGGGUGA